GGAUCAGGCCCAUCGGACACGGCUUUGCUCUAAUUUUAACUGUUGGUAUUUCUGGGCGGUCGAGAGCCGAGGUCAGCACAUCGCGCUGGCAGAGCGAGUCCCAGAGCCCGGGGAGUACAGGCGGCGUGGGGGAGACCCAUCAUGGAGACGAAGCCGGAGGCGGACGGGGAUGUGGCGCAGAAGAAACGACUGGACAGUAAGAAGGGCAAGAAGCCGGUGUUCGUCGGACCGCCGAGACCCGCCAGGUCCCUGUUGUGCCUGAGCCUCAAAAAUCCGCUUCGCAAAUUCUGCACCAGUAUCGUGGAAUGGAAACCGUUCGAAAUUAUCAUCCUCAUUACCAUCUUCGCCAAUUGUGUGGCCCUCGCUGUGUUCCAGCCUCUUCCAGAAGAUGACACCAAUUUGUUGAAUUUCAAGUUGGAAAAGAUCGAGUAUAUCUUUCUGAUAGUAUUCACAAUCGAAGCAUUUCUGAAAAUUAUUGUUUAUGGAUUUCUGUUUCACCCGGAUGCCUAUCUACGGAAUUUCUGGAAUGUUUUGGAUUUUGUCAUCGUCUUUGUUGGCCUGUUCACUGUGAUCUUGGAGCACCUCAGCCCAUCAGCCAAGAAUGCAGGGUUCGAUGUGAAGGCCCUUCGAGCAUUCCGAGUUUUGAGGCCACUGCGCCUGGUGUCGGGUGUUCCCAGUUUACAGGUGGUGCUGAACUCGAUCAUCAAGGCCAUGGUCCCACUGCUCCACAUUGCGCUGCUUGUCCUCUUCAUGAUUAUCAUCUAUGCCAUCAUCGGACUGGAACUGUUCAUGGGAAAAAUGCACAAGACGUGUUUCUUCGACGGAACAGAUAUCAUAAUGGAGGACGUGCCUGCCCCCUGUGCACAUGCGGGCAAUGGCCGACACUGUGACAUGAAUGGAACAGAGUGCAGGUCGGGCUGGCCUGGGCCCAACAAUGGCAUCACCCACUUUGAUAACUUCGGCUUUGCGAUGCUAACCGUAUAUCAGUGUAUCACCAUGGAGGGCUGGACUGAUGUUUUGUACUGGGUUAAUGAUGCCAUUGGUAAUGAGUGGCCCUGGAUCUACUUUGUCAGUCUUAUCCUGUUGGGAUCAUUCUUUGUGCUCAAUCUGGUCCUUGGUGUUCUGAGUGGGGAGUUCUCCAGGGAGAGAGAGAAAGCCAAGUCCCGAGGAGACUUCCAGAAGUUCAGGGAGAAGCAGCAGCUAGAUGAAGAUCUGAAAGGAUACCUUGACUGGAUCACACAUGCUGAGGAUAUUGACGUGGACCAUGUCAGGCAUCGGGAAGGAAUAUUGGCAUCGGAUGAAAUUGGCUCCCUGGGCUCUGAGGAACUACUCAAGAUGGAGGGAAUGAGUCUGCUCUCACGUAUCAUCUGGCGAUGUCAACGGUGCAACCCAAUGUUCAGGAGGAAAUGCAGAGAGCUGGUGAAAUCCAACUUCUUCUACUGGUUGGUGAUAUUCCUGGUUUUCCUCAACACACUAAUGAUAUCUUUAGAGCAUCACCUUCAGGCCGAAUCGCUGACUCGUGUUCAAGACAUUGCCAACAAUGUGCUCUUGUCCUUGUUCACGGUGGAGAUGAUCUUGAAGAUCUACAGCCUGGGCCUGCAGGCCUACUUUGUCUCUCUCUUUAACAGGUUUGACUGCUUUGUGGUAUGUGGAGGGAUCGUGGAGACGAUCCUGGUGGAGGUGCAAGUAAUGUCUCCGCUGGGAGUUUCCGUUCUCCGUUGUAUCCGACUCUUGAGGAUCUUCAAAAUCACCAGAUAUUGGACCUCAUUGAGCAACCUUGUGGCAUCGUUGUUGAACUCUGUCCGGUCCAUUGCAUCCUUGCUUCUCCUUCUCUUCCUCUUCAUCAUUAUCUUUUCCUUGCUUGGAAUGCAGCUGUUUGGUGGAAAGUAUAACUUUGAAGACAUGCACGUACGAAGGAGUACCUUCGAUAAUUUCCCACAGGCCCUUCUGAGCGUCUUCCAGAUACUUACUGGUGAGGAUUGGAAUUCUGUCAUGAAUGAUGGCAUCAUGGCGUACGGAGGCCCCUCCUUCCCUGGAGUGCUCGUCUGCAUAUACUUCAUCAUCUUGUUUGUCUGUGGAAAUUACAUCUUGUUGAAUGUUUUCCUGGCCAUUGCAGUGGACAAUCUGGCAGAGGCGGAAAGUUUGACAUCAGCUCAGAAGGAAGCUGCUGAGGAGAAGAAAAGGAGAAAACUGGAGAGAGCUGCCCACCCCGGCCUAACGGAAGAGGAAAAGCUGCUUUUGAAAAAACUUGAGCUGGCAAAACUCAAGGCUGAAGGAAUUCCCACCACUGCCAAGCUUAAAGUGGAUGAAUUUGAAGCCAACGUCAAUGAAGUCAAAGAUCCGUAUCCUUCUGCUGACUUUCCAGGUGACGAUGAGGAGGAGGAGCCAGAAUUCCCACUGAGUCCACGCCCUCGACCUCUAUCUGAGCUGCAACUAAAAGAGAAGGCAGUCCCCAUGCCCAAUGCCAGCGCCUUCUUCAUCUUUAGUCCUGAAAACAUAUUACGUAAACUGUGCCACAGAAUUAUCAAUGCCACCACCUUUACCAACUUCAUCCUGCUCUUCAUUCUGCUUAGCAGUAUUUCACUGGCCGCAGAAGACCCAAUUCGAACAGAUUCCUUUCGCAACCAGAUCCUUUCCUAUUUUGAUAUUGGUUUUACUGCUAUCUUCACCAUUGAGAUUGUUCUGAAGAUGACAACCUUUGGUGCUUUUCUCCACAAAGGCUCCUUUUGCCGGAAUUAUUUCAACAUCCUCGAUCUGCUGGUGGUCAGUGUUUCUCUCAUCUCCUUUGGAAUUCAGUCAAGUGCUAUCUCUGUGGUAAAGAUUCUUCGAGUCCUCAGAGUCCUCAGACCUCUGAGAGCAAUUAAUAGAGCAAAGGGAUUAAAGCAUGUGGUGCAAUGUGUCUUUGUGGCAAUCAAGACUAUCGGGAACAUCGUGAUCGUCACCACUCUCUUGCAGUUCGUGUUUGCCUGCCUUGGAGUCCAGCUUUUUAAGGGAAAAUUUUACAGGUGCACUGAUCUGACCAAAAUGACAGAGGAAGAAUGCAAAGGACAGUUCAUUGUCCAUGACGACUCGGGCCAUCUUAGGGUGGAGGAGCGAAUAUGGUUUAACAGCGACUUCAAUUUUGACAAUGUCCUGUCGGCAAUGCUGGCUCUCUUCACAGUCUCCACCUUCGAGGGUUGGCCCCAGUUACUUUAUAAGGCUAUCGACUCGCACACUGAAGACAUGGGUCCCAUCUACAACUACCGAGUGGGGAUCUCCAUCUUCUUCAUCAUCUACAUUAUCCUCAUCGCCUUUUUCAUGAUGAACAUCUUUGUCGGGUUUGUGAUAGUCACCUUCCAGGAACAGGGAGAGACUGAGUACAAGAAUUGUGAGCUGGAUAAAAACCAGCGCCAGUGUGUUCAAUACGCACUGAAGGCCCGGCCUCUGAUGAGGUACAUUCCUAAGAACCCUUACCAGUACAGGGUGUGGUAUGUGGUGACAUCCUCCUACUUUGAGUACCUCAUGUUUGCUCUCAUCCUCCUCAACACCAUUUGUCUCGGGAUGCAGCACUACGAGCAGUCGGAGGAGAUGAACCAGCUGUCUGACAUGCUAAAUGUGGUCUUCACUGGGCUCUUCGCUUUGGAAAUGGUUUUCAAACUCUGCGCUUUCAAAGCCAAGGGUUACUUUGGAGAUCCGUGGAAUGUGUUCGACUUCCUGAUUGUCAUUGGAAGUAUCAUUGACGUUAUUCUCAGCGAAGUAGAUAUAGCUCUUGCUUCCAGCGGCGGUCUCUACUGCCUGAGCUCCGGAUGCAGCUCCAGUGAGUCAGAGGACAGCUCCCGAAUCUCCAUCUCCUUCUUCCGUCUGUUCCGUGUGAUGCGCCUAGUCAAAUUGUUGAGCAGAGGAGAGGGUGUUCGAACCCUUCUGUGGACGUUCAUCAAGUCCUUCCAGGCUCUUCCCUACGUGGCACUUCUCAUUGUGAUGUUGUUCUUCAUUUAUGCGGUCAUUGGAAUGCAGGUCUUUGGCAAGAUUGCCAACGUGGAUGGGGCACAGAUCAAUCGCAACAACAAUUUCCAGACCUUCCCCCAAGCCGUGCUCUUGCUCUUCAGGUGUGCCACAGGGGAAGCCUGGCAAGAGAUCAUGCUGGCAUGUCAGCCUGGCAAGCUGUGUGACCCCGAGUCUGACUUCCAGCCUGGGGAGGAGUACACCUGCGGAACCAACUUUGCAGUCUUCUACUUCAUGAGCUUCUACAUGCUGUGCGCCUUCCUGAUCAUAAACUUGUUUGUGGCUGUCAUUAUGGACAAUUUUGAUUAUCUGACACGAGAUUGGUCCAUUCUGGGCCCUCAUCAUCUUGACGAAUUUAAGAGGAUAUGGGCUGAAUAUGAUCCUGAAGCAAAGGGUCGGAUCAAACACCUGGAUGUGGUGACCCUGCUUCGACGCAUCCAGCCCCCAUUGGGAUUUGGCAAGUUUUGCCCCCACCGUGUGGCUUGUAAGAGGCUGGUUGCUAUGAACAUGCCCAUGAACAGCGAUGGUACAGUCACCUUUAACGCCACCCUCUUUGCACUCGUUCGAACAGCCCUCAAAAUCAAAACUGAAGGGAAUUUUGAACAGGCCAACGAGGAACUGAGGGCCAUUCUCAAAAAGAUCUGGAAACGCACAAGCAUGAAGCUACUUGACCAAGUGAUUCCCCCCAUUGGAGAUGACGAAGUGACCGUUGGCAAAUUCUAUGCCACAUUCCUCAUCCAGGAACACUUCAGGAAGUAUCAGAAACGCCAGGAAGAAUAUUACGGAAUUCAUCCAUCGAAAAAGAAGCAGACUGCAAAUGAAAUUGAGCUCCAGGCCGGACUGCGCAAUGCUGAAGAGGAUGUCGGUGAAGAACUCCAUCGCACAGUGUCCGGAGAGCUGCCCCUUGAUGAAGGAGAGCGGACAAUUGAGGACGGUGGCCUGGAUGAGACGAUAUACCGGAGAGCCGGAGGAUUGUUUGGAGAGCAAGCUGAUUCCUACCAAAUGGACAGAAGUGGCUCCUACCAGCAACAGAUCACAAGCCAGCGACCACUUCAAUUCAGUAAAUCCGAGGGUGCAGGAGAGGAAUCUCCACAUGGCAGGCUGACUGAUCUGCCCUUCAACACAAUCGACUUCUUCCCCUCAGCUGAGAACAAGAACAUGAAUAACUCAAACACCAAAGGCCAAAGCAGCCUUUACUACGAAGAUGAAUUACAAAAGGAAAUUGCAAAACUUGAGUUUGAUGGUGAUCUUGAUGCCAAAUUAAUGCAGGCCAGGCAGCAGUCUCCCCCAGUGUCAGGGAGGAAGACAAACUGCCCAGUGAACAAUCUUACCCCAGAGACCACAAACAAGAAAGAACAGGAAGAGCCAGGACUGGCACAACACUGCCCUGCCGACGAGGUAGAGGAAGUCCAAAGACCUCUGGAGCCGGCUGCCAACCCAACCCUUGUGGUCAUGAUGGUGGAGCAGCUUCCGCUGGGAACCCCAGCAACGAGUGUGCAGAGAAUUCGACCUGCAGCCACAGAUAUUGAUGGCAACUACUCAACUAUGCUGCCAAAACUUUGAAGCUAAACCUUGGUCUGCAGAGGAGACAGGGAGACCCUCAAGAACAAGGCCUGCUUCCUGUUUGGUUUAUUUUAUGUGUAUGUGGAAAGGGUGAGAGUUGUGAGGGAACGUAAGAGAUUUCAGUCGGUUGCUGAUGGAGCAAGAAUGCAGGCCGUUAAAGAGGGCUCUGGGAGAAGAGGAGAUGUCAGGGAAGCUACAUUGUUACUGUGACUCUGACUCGGUUUGUUCAGGUCUUGAGGCUUGUCCUGAUCUUGUAAUUACGCUGUGUUUCUAUUCAAUUGUUACGGCUUUGUAUUAUUUCAUUGGUAUUCAUGGUGCUCAUUAAAUACUUUAUGGUCGACAA